GGAGAGAAAAAAAAGCUUUGUCACACAGUGUAAUUAGUUCGGCCAGUUUAGUUAUAUCAUGUUAAUUAAUAAAUCUUAUGUUAAGGUGAACAUUAAUGUUUGUAGAAAACAUACAGAGACCUACAUGCUUCAGGGUCAGUGCUUAACUUCAUGCUUAAAUAUUUCAUUUCAUUCAUUGGUUGUUCCCUAUUUUACAGGAAAUGGGUUUUAAUCACCAACAAAUGAAUGAAUACUUUUACUGAUCCUUCUUGAUUUUUCUUUUGGACCCAGAUCAAAUAUUCAACUGGUAAGUAGAAAAUUGCAUAGUUUCCACGCACGUCAUCAGACCUCCAUGGUAUCUAAGUCAAGAAGAUGAACCAUAAUAGAUUAUAACGACCAUUUGUCAGCUUCUAAGAAUUCACCGAGAAUUAAUAUGGAGAUCGUUAAAUUCUUGGACUCUGUUAACACAACUGUUUUUAACGAUAUAGAUACUUUUACGCAGUCAGACAGGGACGAGGAACUUGUUGACAAAAAUGUUCCUGAAUAUUUCUGUGAGAUUUGUAAGAAAAUAUUCUCUUCAGAACAUGAGGUUUUCACACAUAAAGAAAUAAUACACAACAAGGAAAAAACUUUUUGCUGUCAAAUAUGCGGAAAGUAUUUUCUCAAGAACAGUGAUUUAACAAAACACAAACGGACACACACGGGAGAGAAACCUUUCCACUGUGGAAUUUGCGGAAAAUCGUUCGCGGAUAAUUCUACUCUUGUAGUUCACAUACGUAGUCAUACUGGAGAGAAGCCGUAUCAUUGUGGAAUUUGCGGAAAAUAUUUUCUGAAGAACGGGGAUUUAACAAAACACAGAAGAAUCCACACGGGAGAAAAACCUUUCCACUGUGGAGUUUGUGGAAAAUCUUUCGCCCAAAAUUCCACGCUUGUACUACACACUCGGAGUCAUACUGGAGAAAAGCCUUUUCAUUGUGAAAUCUGUGGAAAAUCUUUUAUCUCCAAUAGCGAUUUAACACGACACUGUAGGGUCCACACUGGCGAAAAACCCUACAACUGUGGGAUGUGUGGAAAAUCAUUCGUUAAUAACUCCCUUCUUGUUGCUCACAGAAAAAUACAUACCGGGGAAAAGCUGUUUGAUUGUGAAAUAUGUGGCAAAACUUUUAUCACUAACAGUCUGUUGAAAACACAUAAAAAGAUACAUUCUGGGGAAAAGCCUUUCCACUGUGGAAUUUGCGGAAAAUCAUUUGUCCAUAACACUGAUGUGAACAGACAUGUAAAAGUACAUACAGGAGAAAAACCUUUCCACUGUGGAAUUUGUGGGAAGUCUUUCACUCAGAAUUCUAGUCUUUUAGUUCACAAACGUAGUCACACUGGAGAAAAGCCAUUUCGUUGCGAAAUAUGUGAGAGAUAUUUUGUCACUAAAAGCGAUUUGACCAAACAUAAACGAAUCCAUACUGGAGAAAAGCCGUAUCACUGCGACGUGUGUGGAAAAUCUUUUGUUUAUAAUUCUCUUCUUGCAGUUCACAAAAGAUCUCACUCUGGAGAGAAACCGUAUUGUUGUCAAAUCUGUGGAAAAUCUUUCGUCCAGAACACUGAUCUAAGCAGACACAAACGAACCCACACCGGGGAAAAACCGUUCUACUGUGAAAUUUGUGGGAAAUCAUUCUUGGAUAAAUCUAAUCUCGUUGUUCAUGAACGUACUCACAUGAAACAAAAACUAUAUCAUUAAAUAUCGUAUCCCGUGUCUUGUGUAAUUUUUGUCUAAAUUGGUUUACAUUUAAAGCAGAAAUGAAGAAAAACACGUUUAUAGGGUGUUUCUAUUUAUUAUGCAAGUUAACAAGAUACUGCUUUCCCCCCAUGUGAUAAGUGAUUUUGAAAUGUUUUUUCUUA